AGAAAUUGAAGAACAAAAAAAAAGUACUUGAUUUACUACUUUCUUUUAAAGAAUACUUUUAUUCAUUAAUUAAUUUAUUUUUAAAUUUUUAGAUCAAAAAAUCUUAACAACUAAACCUCAUGUACUUUGUGAAUUAUCUGUUAUGAAACAUAUUCAAGAAACUAUAGAACAAUAUAAUAAAUUAAUACCGCAAAUACAUAAAGAAAUAGAUGAAUCAAAGGAACAAAUUGAAAGGGAGAAAAAUUUAUUAAGUGAAAGUGAAAUUAUUCAUAAUGUCUUACUGAAUAAAUUAGAGAAACUUCAAUUGGAUGAAUCGGAUGAUGAAUCUGAAUCUCAAUCAGAAAUAGGUGCUAUAAGGCAAGAGCUUAGAUCUAUCAAAAGUAAUUAUAACAUGUUAAUGGAUGAACUAAACGAUUUUAUCGACACUAAUUUCCCACCGCCAAACUUUGAAAAAGAUGAAGUAGAUGAAAUGGUGAUAGAUGAUAAUAAAGAUGAUGAUGAAAAUGAAGAUGAAGAUCGUGCUGAAGGCGAAGAUGAAGUUCAUGCCGAAAAUGAAACUCGAAAUAAAAGAUUUUUAACUCUAAAAGACAUGUUGGAGAAUCUAAUGAAUCAGACUUAUAAUAAUCCCAACAAUCCUUAUAUAACGUUUGAUCCGGAGAGAAUAUGGCCUCCUUAUGUUGAAACGUUAAUUCGUUCCGGAAUUGCCAAAAGGAACCCAAAUGAUGCCAAUAUGCUCAAAUUAGUUGAAUUUCAUUUAUAGAUCAAAUAAUUUUGAUACAUAGUUAUGAGAAGUGUGACUAUGUGAAUUAAAAAAAAACACUUGAAUUACAUGUGAAUUAAAAAACACUUGAAUUACAAUAAAGCAAUAUAAGUAUUUGUUGUAGA